AUGUUAAGGAGCGGUCUUCAAGUGUUUCGGGACAAAUGGAGGUCGUACAGACACCGAUUUGUACCUUGGAUUGCGCUGAACCUGUCUAAAAAUGAGAAAACUUUGCGGCAGGUCAAAGAGCGCUCAAAGGACAAAGUGAUCCCAGAUGAGGAGGUUUCUCAGACUCUCCUGAAUCUCUUCCAAGUCCUAUGGAAGAGUCCGUGGGCUGACCAUGUUGAGUUGCGGGCUGCCCAGGCUCACUUUCACAGACAGGUAACAAGUUCAGAUGACCAAAGUGGAGGGUUCCCAAAGAGCAGAGAUGAUGCCAUUGUCCAGUGUCUGGGCUUCUGCAUUGAUCGGUGUGCGAGCUCGAUGCCCUCUGCGGGAACUGGGGUUUUUGUUACCAGAGGUUUUGUACCCAAAGGGGCUACAGUUGCCAUGUACCCUGGCACGGUCUAUCAACCCUAUGAGCCAAUUCUCCUCCAGUCCAUCAGAAACCCCUUUAUUUUCAGGUGCAUUGAUGGUGUUUUGAUCGAUGGAAACGACAAAGGGAUCUCCAAAAUGAUCUACAAGUCAUGCAGUGGAAGAGACAGAGUAGGACCUUUCACAAUGAGCGACACCAGCUGGCUGACAGCUGCACCACAAAACCCACUUGCUGUGGGUCAGUAUGUCAAUAACUGUUCCAAUGAAUGGCCUGCUAACGUGUGUUACCAGGAGUACGAUGUGCCAGACUCUUUCCCCUUUGAGCUCCGCCAGUAUCUACCCAAUGUCAACUACAGUCAGGACUCACAGGGGCCUCUACGCUGUGUAGUGCUGGUGUCACUCAGAGACAUUGCAGUCGGAGAAGAACUGUUUUCCAACUACUAUACCAUUGUACAUUAG